AUGACUUCCCGCUUCUCUGUGGCUAUUCUAGGAGGUGUUGGAGCUGGAAAGGUUUGUCCUAAAAUAUGUAUUGAAGCAGUAUUGAACUUUUUUUCAGCAAAAACUGGCUCAAAAGCUGCCAAAACAGUUCUCAAGGCUUCAAAAUCAGAAAAUCGACAUUUUUCCGCUGAAGACGAUGGAGAAACAGGGGGGCGAGGAGAUGAACGUGGAUUAUAAAGUUUAUAUAGACCGGCCGUUGGAUGAGCUUCUGGAGAAUUAUGGUGAUUUUUCAAGAAACAGCUUGUUCGGAAAUCGGAGCCAAACACACUUUUUGUUUCAGUGAAUUCUCUGCCAAUCCGAAAACUAUGCGAUAAAGCGGAACUCGCAAAAAGUAUGGAAACGUUUCGGAAAUUUCAUCGAAACACCGUUUUUCCAAUGAGAUGCUCGGCAGAUUUUUAUGUGACCAAUUUGGAGGAUGAAGGUGAAUUUGUGGCCCUGGUCUCGUGCCGAUUCUCAAGUUUUUGCAGAUAGAAUCCAUCAACUUGCUCAGGAUAUUCUGAAAAAGCACAAAAAGAGUUGUGAUGAAUAUUGCUUGAACAAAGAAUCGGAAGACGUCCAAAUCUACUUGAAUUCAGGAAUUCAGAAGGCUCAUCCUGCAAAAUUGUCUGCAAAAAACUUCAUAAUUGUUUAAAUGUCUUGUCGUGUUCGUGACCUUCUCACAAUAAACUUUAGAUGAGUGGCUUCUAAAAAAACAGCAAAAUUUUCGAAGCGGAGGACGAGACGCGGAAAAGGAUUACUGUACCUCGACACUAUACAGUAACCCACGUCAAUAUCUUCGUCGGAAAUGUCAGUUGUUUCUCUGACGCAAACUCAUUUUCAAAACGUUUCAAUUUCAUUUCCUCAAAUACUUUAAAGAUGCCGUUCAUAACUACUGUAAUUCGUGGUCCACACGAGAACUCCGGCGAAUGCGUGAUAAAGUCGGAGCGAGAGCUCGCCGAGCGCCCAAAUCGACUGGCUCCGUGGAAGUUUGAGCCGCAGAGAGCUCAGAAGACGCAGUACGAUCCGAAGUCGUUCUCCUGCGCCUUCAACAAGUACAUUGAUCGGUUGAGCGCCAAAAAACUGGCUCCAAUGUCUCAGAAAACGGCCAGAAGACGGGUCACUUUUGACGAAACGAUAAUUGGGAAUGAGAAUAGGUUUGGGAGCCUUGUUGGAAGGCAACUUGCUCAAAAACGUUUCCAGCCAUCUCUUCACCAACAAUCGUCGAAGCGACGAGAUCAAUAUUGAGACGUUCUCGAAGAAAACGACAAUAUCGAUGGAUUCGGAAGACGUUGUCGAAGUUCCAAAGGUUCCCAAGGAUCCGAACGCGACGCCCGGCUUCUACGGCACAGUUGAGGCGGAAAAGUGCUCGGAGCAAGUGGCCGCCCAUCUUUUCGUCGCUUCCAGACACUUGCAACGUCUGAAAUUCAUGUCGGCCGCCGUUUUCCCGGCGACAUCUAUGCAAUUGGUGAGUUUUCCUCGAAAAACGUGCCAAAAACCGUGAUUUUGUGCGUUUAACUUGCAGAGAAGUGUCGAAGAAAUGAACAACGACAUCAAAGACUUUAACGGUCAACUGAAAACUCGUCGCGUCAAAGUGCCAACGCCUACGGUAUGCACACACACUUUUCACGUGUCUCUCUGAAAUUCGGUGUGUUCAGGCUCCAACCCGAAUUGCUCAUUUUGUGAUGACGGAGCAGCGCUCUUUCGACUGA